AUGCAGGAAGUGCAGGGCGACGCCGCCUUCGACUCGUUCCCGGACGAGCGCUUCCGCUUCGGCGUGGGACCUGUGGACGGCGUGGACACGAUCUGGCUCGAGAGUUCGACGGAGCGAAAGCGUUGGACGUGUGACGUGGCGGACGUCACGUCCUUUGCCCCGGCAGACGUCGUGCUGCCCCAGAAGACGGUGCUUCACUAUGUGGCGGCCAGCUUGAAGAACUCUGCUAGUGAGAACGGGGAGGACGCUGCCCGUGGCCCGCAGCUUGUUCGUGGAGAUGCCGACAAGACGUUGCAAUUGGAGGUGCUGAUCCAAUUGGGGGUCGCCGACUUUGCCUGGGCGCCCAAGUACGUCUUCCCAUUGGCGCUCGUAUCGCCCAUGUCGCCAGCAGAAGCACAGGCACAGCAGCUCGCGCUGCUCACGACACAAGUCCAGGAACUCCAGCAAGAAGUGCAGAUACUCAAGAAACAGCUACAAACGGUGCUGCAGGCAUCAACUGCACCGCAGCCGGUAACAGCGCUUGUGACGACUGGUGCCCCUUUACUGGACUCGGCGGACUCGCGCCUGCCUCCCGUGCCGAUGGACCUCAAUGCUGACAGCACCGUGAGUAAGGCGUCGACCGCGCCUUCUCGUGGAGCGCAAGUAUGGGGUGACAUCAUUGGCCACCCACAGCACAAACUUGUUCAGACUGACGAAAUUCGCGAGACCCGCAAUGCUCUCGGCGCGACUAUUCGCAGUCAUCGCCAACACACUUGCAAAGUUUGCUCAUUGUUACGAGGGACGCGUAGCCGUGCGUCUGGAACGUCGUACUACUGUCCGGAAUGUACUGAACGACAUAACGGUGGCAUGGUGUACCUAUGUGAUAAAAUAAGACCGCACGAUCCCAGUAAGUACAGGAACGCGUCGUGUACCCAGAUCUGGCACUUGAUAUGGGACAACGGCAAGAGUAUCCCUCAGACUGGGACAGCGUCGAUACGAAUGCGAAAGAAACGGAAGGAUAGCGACUCGAGCCAAAGCGAGACGAUACCACCAACUGUGUUGACGGAGUCCUCCAGUGAUGUGAGAAGCUAA